UCGCCGCCGCCGCCGCCUCGAGGGUCGAGCCCCGGGCGUGGGGAGGCGAAGAAUGGGAAACCCGAGCUGCACGCCCGCCGAGCGGCCGGUGGGGGUGGGGGCGGCGGGGGCCGUGCGGCGCCUCCAGAAGUUCCCGGCCCCCAGGCUGGGCGGGCCGGUCGCGGCCCGGAGAGCUGCCGGGGGAGGGGCCCGGAGCCCCCCGCCCCCUUCUCGGCCCCGAGACCCGGGAGCCCGCCCGCCCGCGCGUCCCUGCGCCGCUGCGCCUCCGCCCUCGGGUUGCGGUGAAGCGUCUUCGGGGGAGGAGGGCACCAAUGCCUCUGCUCUGGAAAAAGACAUUGGUCCAGAGCAGUUUCCAAUCAAUGAACACUACUUCGGAUUGGUCAACUUCGGAAACACAUGCUACUGUAACUCCGUUCUUCAAGCCCUGUACUUCUGCCGGCCAUUCCGGGAGAAUGUGCUGGCAUACAAGGCCCAGCAAAAAAAGAAAGAGAACUUGUUGACAUGCCUGGCAGACCUUUUCCACAGCAUCGCCACGCAGAAGAAGAAGGUCGGCGUGAUCCCACCAAAGAAGUUCAUUUCGAGGCUGAGAAAAGAAAAUGAUCUUUUUGAUAACUACAUGCAGCAGGACGCCCACGAAUUUUUAAAUUAUUUACUAAACACUAUUGCGGACAUCCUGCAGGAAGAGAAGAAACAGGAGAAACAAAAUGGAAAAUUAAAAAAUGGCAACAUGAAUGAACCUGCGGAGAAUAAUAAACCAGAACUCACCUGGGUCCAUGAGAUUUUUCAGGGAACGCUCACCAAUGAAACGCGAUGCUUGAACUGUGAAACUGUUAGCAGCAAAGAUGAAGAUUUUCUUGACCUUUCUGUUGAUGUGGAGCAGAAUACAUCUAUUACCCACUGUCUAAGAGAUUUCAGCAACACAGAAACACUGUGUAGUGAACAGAAGUAUUAUUGUGAAACAUGCUGCAGCAAACAAGAGGCCCAGAAAAGGAUGAGAGUCAAAAAGCUGCCCAUGAUUUUGGCCCUGCACCUCAAGCGGUUCAAGUACAUGGAGCAGCUCCAUAGGUACACCAAGCUCUCUUACCGAGUGGUCUUCCCGCUGGAACUCCGGCUCUUCAACACCUCCAGUGAUGCAGUCAACCUGGACCGCAUGUAUGACCUGGUCGCAGUGGUGGUGCACUGCGGCAGUGGUCCUAAUCGUGGGCAUUAUAUUACUAUUGUGAAAAGUCAUGGCUUCUGGCUCUUGUUUGACGACGACAUUGUAGAGAAAAUAGAUGCCCAAGCUAUUGAAGAAUUCUAUGGCCUGACAUCAGAUAUAUCGAAAAAUUCAGAAUCUGGAUAUAUUUUAUUCUAUCAGUCAAGAGAAUAACUUAAAGGACUGUGGAACUAACUCGAGUGAGGGAAAAUGCACUCGGACCUGGUCUCUCUGCAGACGUCCCUCCUCUCCAGUGGACCACCAGUGAACGGCAUCACUCCAAGUCUCGGUGGUCUGGCUGCGUGACUCUCUUCCCCCUUCAUUUUUCUACAAGCAGCACUACUCAUGGUUUUAUGUUAGUCUGAGGUAGAGUUAACUGCAAUCAGAUUGUAGUAAGGAUUAGAUGAAUAACAUUUGCUAAUUUUAGUUUCAGGUAUAUACUAUGCCACUGUCUGGCUGAAUUAGAAUGCCAUUUCUUACAGACAUCGACAGUCUAUUUGGGGUCUUUGCUAAUCUUCCUAAAUGGCUUCCGGGGUCUCCUUUCAAUGCAUUCCUUUAACUUGUCCCUGGAAACAUUGCUCCCCAUUUUUAGCUUCUCUGCCUCUUUUCUGACAGAAGGACAGAAGAAUGGGGUAGAUGCUUACCUUUUAGAGCUGCAACUAUAGCUUUAAGUUUGUUCGAGUGAAAAUGUUUUAAAAUUGAGUAACCUCGAAACUGAAUUCAUCUUCCGGGUGGAACAGGGUGAAGAGAAGCUGUUCGAGGAUGCCCAGAGCUGUGCCCACCCGGCCGUUACAAGCCAGGGGCUGAGGAGACGUGGAGCUCAGGGCAGGCAAAGCCGAGAGGAGGAAGCUUUUGUGCACAGUGGAAAGUUGCUUUUCUUCUCUUUCUACCAAAACCAAGUUUCAGGAAAAUAGCUCUGUGCUCUUUGUUUUUAGUGAUGCUCUUCUUCUGUCCUGUGAGUUGUAUCUCUCCUUUAUCUGGCGCUGCUAAGCUUUCCAGGGUAUCUUUCCAACCCCGCUGGUGUUCCGCGGUCAGAGGUGGUAGGGCUGAGACACCACGGGGACUGCCACCCGCCCGGCUCUGCUUAGCCAGGCAGCACCAACACCGUCCUUUCCCAGGAAGAACAAAGGUGCUGCACCUGUCCUCCCAUCAGCCACAUUGUACAACAGUUCAUAUUUCAGCAUUUCAGGUCCUGGCAAGCCCAGGGCUACCAUGGAACCUUCUCUGGAGGAGAUAUUGGAGUUAGCUGGGGAUGCAGGUGGGUCAGAGGAAGUGUCAGUGGGCAGGUGGUGGGAUGAACAAAGGGGCAGCAUUUCUUUGGCUCAGGCUCCCAGGAUGUUUGACAAGACGGAGUAUUUUGGAAGAACCUCAUCUCACCAUAGUUUUACUUUUUUUUUUCACUUUUGUUGUAUGUGUAUUUAUUAAAUCAUUUGAGUAUCGAUGCCUUUUAUUAAAAGGUUCGAUACGCUGUUUUGCUGUUGAGCAGGUUUUUGGUUUCCUACAAAUCUUUUAAGUUGUAGAUCUCAGCUUCCUGUGGGAAGACCGCUGACUUCCAUACACUAUAAUAUACUGUGAACCUGUUACUUUGUUACCUAAUACAUCAGCGAAGGAACACGCAAACUGUGGCAUAAUGUGAACUAAAAUUGAAAUUGAAAAUGUUACUGGCCAUUUUGCAACAAUUAAGAGCAUAGCACUUUAUCUAGAUGAAAACUGGAUUUCUUUAUCUUUGAAGUAUCUUGAACUGUUUAUUGCUCACAACUUCCAUAAGCAUGCCACCCUUCAUCUGUUCAUGCUUGAAGUGAAAUGUUUUACGUUUCACUGGAGAAGACAAAAACAGGGUGAUCUUCUCGUUAUUGUUUUAUACAAGUGAUGAAAAUAUACCUUGCCUUGUUUAGAGGCGAAUUCAUAUUUAUAAAUAUUUUGUCUUUUUUCCCUCCACAAGACUUAUGCAGUAAUCACUUACCUGGAAGGUGAGUUUUCAUCCUGUUUUUAAGAAGAGAUGCUUCUCAAUUGAAGGUGACUGAUACAGGGAGCUGUUUAUACUAUACAUAAUCCAUAUAUUUGCAGGUUGCAAAGUUUUAAAAAAAAACGAUGGCUGAUCCCUAAUAUAGUUGGAAGUGAUACAUGAGAAACACUGUUAAAAUUAUCUUUGAAGUGACUCUUGAAGCUAAUUUAUUAGGAAAAAAGUUUCAAUUGGAAGCCUAUAGAACUAAUUUGUUGUUUAGUCGCAAAGUCAUGUCCGACUUUGUGACCCCGUGGAGUGUAGCCUUCCAGGCUUUUCUGUCCAUGGAACUUUUCCAGCAAGAAUAAUAAAGUGGGUUUCCUUCCCCGAGGGAUCUUCCCAACCCAGUGAUCGAACCCGAGUCUCCUGCAUUGGCAGGCAGAUUCUCUACUGCUGAGCCACCAGGGAAGCCCCUCAUAGAAGUAUUAUCUGAGUGCUAAGUCAUAAAUUCAGUACUUUUGGGGUUUUUUGGAUGAGCAAAAAGUUUUUCUUAGUGAUUUAACUGAAAUAAUUCCUUUUAGUAGAAAAGGUCAGUUAAAAUUCAGUAUUCAUGAAUAAAUGUUUGCCUAAAUAUUGAAGAUAAUACAAAGACAUUAACAUGGUCGUGUGGUGCAGGAAAAAGAAAAUUGAGAUAAAAAUACACAAAUCCACCAACACUCCAUCAGUUUUUUAAACUUUCGCACUAUCUGGGAUCAUCGUCCCCCUUCUUCUUUAAUAAAUGAAAGAAACACUAGGCAGCUACAUCCUCCCAAGUCAUUUCCCUUUGUGUGAAGACUAGAGCACAUAACACUUCUUUAUUUUUCAUCCCUCACUCGUUGUGUGAAGCAGGGAUGCUGUGGGAUGUGUGAGACCAUUCUGAGGUGAACGAUAGCACAAAAGCUCAGCAACAGUCCCUCAAAUGGCGAGGGUUUGUGUGUGUCAUUUUUCUGACAGGAAUGGGCAGGCUUGCUGUAUUUCUUCUAACUGCUGGGUGUUUUAAAAGAAGUUACAGUGUUUGCCACUUUCAGAAGAGAAGGAAUGUUUGCUUUAUUGGUUACUUCCUUGUUUAACAUCUAGAUUAUGAUACCGUAUGCUAAAAUGUCAUGUGUUUAAAAGUAAAUGUUGGUAGAAUGCUGACGCCCAGUCUUGUUAUUCUGAUGCAUUUUCCAUUCCGAAGAAACACGAAGUGAGCUGGUUUGAAGAGAGCCAAGGAGCAAAACCACAGGAGAGUGGUGCUUUGUCUAGGAAGCCAGUCAUAUUGGUUUUAUAGCUUGGUAUAUUUUGGAUUUCAGAUGAAAUGGGGAAAAAAAUGACAGAAAUGGUCCCUAUGCAUUUAUUUUCAUGGAUACCCUUAAUUUUCAUGGGCAUGCCUAACAAUGAACUAUGUUAUAACUGGAGCUUUAGGGCUUAUUUUAGAUAUUGGAGUGUAGCUUUAUUACAAAGAUGGAUUUUAUCUAUAAACAUUGCAUUUUGAUCAACUUUGUAUGUUCAUGUGUAUUAAAAUAUUGUGCACUAAAUGUUUUGCCCUCGUCUGCUAUUAUAUGGUCAAGGCAUUUAUCAGCACUAGUGUGAUUCACUCAUGUAAGUGGCACGGGUCAGGGAAAAUUAUUUCCUACAUUUCUGCCUAAUUAAAUUUGUUUUCCAGUAUUAUAUUAAUUUAUUUCUGGCUUCCAUUUCUGUGUAACCAAAAUAGUUACUGCAUUUGUGUGGCACAUUUGACUUUGUUGCUAAAAAAAAAAAAAUUUUUUUUUUUUAGUUUUUAUUUAAAAUAAUCUGUACCUUUUUUUUUUUAAUGUAACCAAUUCAAGCACUUUAAGCAAUAAUGUCAAUCUUGUGAAACUUCAAUCAGUUUAAUACCCUGCCUCUAAAGUUGUUGACAGAAAAAUAAAGAGGAAUUCUCUUCCUAGAGAAUUAUAUCUGAGUAGUGUUAACACACAUGGAUUUAAAAUCCUUUUUAUAAAAUGUGAGUCAUUGGCAAGUCUCGUGUCCAGGUAAUCAGUCCAAGCCUGAUUUUGAGGCAUUGUAGAGGAUAUUCUGGUUAUCAUAGUAAAGUUGCCACUAUUGUCGAAGUUCAGAAAGUUAGGGUUCUGGAGGUUACUCACCACUUUUUUGAGUUGAGAAAAGGCAACACAAUCCAGAAACCUGGGUCUGGGGAAGAGCAAAUUGAGAGUAUCAGUGAAAAACAGAAUUAGGGUAGGUAUAUUAGGCGUAAUGAAUUGCUUAGCUGAGAUGUUUCAUAGGAAAUGCCCUUUAUUGGUUAUGAAAUAAAAGAUCCAUUCUAAAAAUAA